AGGGAAGCAAAUUGGAAAAAGUAUGAUAAAUAGAAAAAUCAAAGUGAGAUGUAAAAAUAAAUUCAGUGUAUAUCAAAAAGCCCCCAAAACUAAAAAAAAAAGCCAAGAACCAAACCCCCCCAAUCUCACCUACAUAAAGACAGAGAUACUCUGAAUGGCUAAAAGAAAAAAUUCCAGAUAUAUGAUGUUUACAAAGGCCACACCUAAAACUUUGAGUGUUGGUUCUCAAAAUGAUUUUAAUGAGUGACAAGCCAACAGACUCAAAUAAAGGACACAACUUCCUUAACCAUAAAUAAAGGAUAUGAGAAAUGAAUUAAAUGAUACCUGCAUAGAGAAGACACAGAAGCACUCUAUCAAUGGGACAAGUAUCCCUGGCUUUCAGGUCUCCAUUAAGGUAUUCAGCUGCCUAUGAUAGCAUCUGAUUGGGGUGAGGAUCUUACCCUAUUCUUCACAAAGUUGCCUUUGAGGGGGUUUGUUUGAUUUUUGCCUAGUCCAUACCAGCUUUUCUGGUAAAGCCUGAAAACAUUACUGAAUGUUUACUGUGUGACAAGGUACAUCUGAAAUCAGUUUUCCAGGCAUAUCAUCAUCCUAGAUAGACCCAGAUUUCAGGUCUGCUUGGGGAAAUUCUGCAAAUAUAAUGGCACAGAAAAGUUGCAAAUAAAAAGAGUAAAGGUAAUGAAAAAGAUAUACCAUUCUAGUAGUAAUCAAAACUGUAGUGACAGUUUUUCUAUCGGAAAAAGUGUAUUUCACAGCAAAAAGUAGCAGCAGGCACAAAGAAACUAAUUUUAUAAUAAGUGGGUAAAUUUAUCAAGAGGACAUAACAAUCUUAAAUGUUUAUUUACCUAAUAAAGAAACUUCAAAAUACCUGAAGCAAAAAGUAAAGAAUAAGGAAAAAUAAAUAAACUCACAAUUAUAGUUAGAGAUUUCAAUAUACUCCCGUUUCAAUCCUUGACUGAACAAGUAGGCAGAAAAUCCAAAAGGAUAUAGUAGACUUGAACAACUCUAUCAAGCAAGCUGACCUGAUGAUUAUAGAACACUCUACCCAAGAACAGCAGAAUAUACAUUCUUUUCAAGUGAACAUGGAGUGUUCACCAAGAUGGAACAUAUUCUGGGCCAUAAAAUGAGUCACAAUAAAUUCACAGGCAUUCAAGUUAUACAAAGUAUGUUCUUUGACCACAGGCUACUAAAUUAGAAAUCAAUAAUGGGAAGACCCCUGGAAAAUCCCCAAAUAUUUGGAAACUAGUAUACAUCUUUAAUUUUACUAUGAUCUUGGGCAGGAAGGUCCUCAGCCGUAGUCUAGGUUACAGUAUACAUUGGUAAAAUGGCAUACAAGAACACCAAGAAUACUUCGUCUUCCACUGUACUGGAAGCACAGAUAAUAAUUACAUAAGACUUAAGUUUAGGGUCAAUAGAGAACAGUCUUUGGGGGCUAAUGAUGAACAUAUUGGUAGGGAUCUCGUGUGGAUCCAUUCUCUCCAUUCCCAGUUUCCCAAUCACCUUAUUAUUCCUCAGGAUAGAGGCUCUUGGAGAGGUUACUAACUUUGCCAACACAUUAAUGGGUCUACCUGGGGCCAAUUAUUCUCACUUCCUCAGCUGCCUCCUAAACCCUCAUCGGUGAACACAUCAUCCUCCCCAGCUGUGAGCUACUAGGCUGCCAGGGGAAGGGAUGUCUCUCCUCAGGACAGGAUCAGUUGAGGGGAUGCCUUGGGGAACAGGGCUGUCUUCCUCCCAUCACCACGUGAGAGGUUAAAGUCAGUAGCAUCUCUGAUCUCCAGAUUCAGUCUAUGUACCCAGUAAAUCUGGUUUUGUCUUUAUGGUUUUUCUACUGAAGGCUUGUGUUCUGACCCCCAGAGCAAUAAUAGCUUUGCCAUCAAGUCAUAUGCUUUACUUGAAAUAAAGUAUUUGCUUGAGAACAUGUCAAGCAACUUUGAAGGAGGAAAUUCUUCUGGUGUUUGAUUAUCAUCAGGUAAUACUUCGAUUUCUGGAAAUUGAUGACUAUUGAUACACAUUUAGGAAGAAAAUGACCAAGACAACUAUCCUACCCACGGGCUGAUUUUCCAGGACACAGAGGAUUCCAGUAGGUUAGAAAAGGAUAUUUAUAUGUGGCUCAGGAGGAUCUGUCUGUUCCUGCAGGUACCCUAUGGUUUAGUGUUUCUUGAAGUGUGGUUCAGAGAUCACCUGUUUCAGAAUCACCAGAUUUGGGCCCACAGAAUCAAAUUUUCUGAGGUUGGGACCUGGAUCUGCACAUAUAGCAAGCUCCUCCAGUGAACCUUGGGAAGGGCACCUUAAUGUUUAAGAACCACUGUUUGGGGUCAUCAUUGCUCAAAGAGACGCACUAGCUGCUUCCUUUGGCAGCCUUUUCUCUAUCUGUGCUCCUGCUCUGCUAUCCCAGGGAGGAGGGCAAAGAGGCAAGAGUAAAUAAAGCCUCUUGCCUACUCCUCCCUCACCUACAGGCCCAAGGUAUUGGUUCUCACUCCUAGACACUCCCCUCCCCAGCCUAUUUCCAUAUGAUAAGACCACCCUUAAGUUUUCUUCCUAGUUUUCAUUCACAGGUACAAACUGUAGCCAACAGAAAUAGAGGCUAUUCCAGCAUGCUUUGAAAAACUGUCAGAGAUGUCAAUUUCUUCACAAUCCCUCGCUUGGUGUACUCUCUAUGUUCAGAAUAAUUUUGAAUUUAGUGCAGAGUGGAGAAGAGAGAUAAGAGGGGAAAGCAGAGGGGAAGAGAGAGAGUGGACUUAAAGCGAGUAAUAAACCUGGAGCCUCUGAUCAGCUAUCCCUUGUAUUACCUACCACCCUACCCCAUCCUAUCCCACCUCUGGACCUCAUCUAUGCUCUCCUGAUAAUUGGUCACAUUCCUACUUGACUUAGCUUUUGUCCAUCCUUUUAAUCACAGAAUCAGAGAUACUUGACCAGUUACCCACACUGAAACAGUCUAUUGAGGAAAGAUGCAAAGCUGGAUCUCAAGAAGUCCUAUUCCACUCUUAACAACCACCUCUCAACUUCCUUGAAGUUCCUGUAAGUUAUUCCAUCCUGAGAUUUUUAGUCACUUCUCUGAAGUCCUUGUAAUUUGCCUUGAAGCUGGGUUGGCUUUUGAAACCAAUGGAGCCAGUGACAUUUGCAACCCAAAUCUAGGGCUGCGCACAUUCCUGAAAUAAUGGGGUGUAUUACAAACUAGCAGCUAUUGGGUUAAGAAUGGCUGAAUGUUACACCUCAGUGACAUCAAAUCUAUCAUGGAGUUAUGCUCCAUGUGCUUUAAAAGAAGUUACCAAUGCUCUGUGUUCAAAUUUGCCCUCUUAUAUUUUAAGCAUCUCAGCUUUAGUAGAGUGUGUGACCUCUUUGGGCAUUACAAUGCUUUCUUGUCACCAUUCACAGUACUCUAUCAAUGGCCACAGUGCCUUCAUUACCUACUUGACAGUCAAAGUUAGUUGUUCAUAUGUUUAGAAUCUUCUCCUGCCCUGGUAGUUUGAUGAUUCUGGGAACUUUGCUAGUGGGAUAAACUAGAAUCUUUGCCUGCUGAAUUCAGCUCUCCUCUCCUGAAUCCUCCCAAUAUCUUCCGUGGUGUCAUUCACAUACACUCCUCAGGGCAGGAGGAGGGGGCUCACUUACGCACUUUUCUGUCUUACCCAAUUACAUCUGGCUUCAAAGUCUUCACAGCUGAGUGUCCUCACCUAAGACCAUGGAACUCUUAACUGACUUAACUGACUCCAGAACCCAAAGGUAAUUCAGGAACAUGGUGGCAGAGCAGCCAAUGGAGGGGAAAAUUGUAUGGUGUUUAUUUAGGUAGUGCACCCAUGGCCUCGUUCAUUCUCUGAGUAGGAAAUGCAUUUUAUUUACAGAGCUUUACAGAGCUGUUCCUUCCCCUCUGGCUCCAAUGGCUUCUGAGUCCAGGAUGAACCUGUUUCCUGGCAAUGACUGGUGACUUUGUAAAGGAUGCUCCCAAGAGCAAAGUCUCAAUUUGCUCUUCAGAGCCCUACAUCAUCCCCAUGUCUCCACAUCCCCAACCCUCAUCACUGUGAGAACUCACAGUAGGGUUUGGCUUGUGCCAAGUUCACAGAGGCAAUUUUAUAGCUGAGCCAAGAAAUCACCCCUAACUCCCCUAGAAUAUUCAGGAUCCUCUGAAGGCCUGUUCAGUCACUCCUGCUUAGUACAAGUAUCUCUGUCUUGUAUUGUUUGGUGGUGGGUUGCUUGCCAAAUUUUGUCAUUGUUUCAUUUUAUUUAUCAUAUUUAGUUAUGUGCUAGGUCUGUCUCUCUUGUGACAAUAAUCAAAGCUAACAUUCUUUGAAUUUUCUUAGCCUGCCAGGCUUUGUUCAAGUGCUUUUGCAUGGAUUAGUUAAUUGGAUUCUUUCAACAGUCUUUUAAGAUUAGUGCCAUUAUCCCUAUUUUACAGAUGAGAAAACUGAAAUCAGAGAGGUUAAGUAACAUUCCCAAGAUUACACAGCUAGUUAGUGGUGAGGUCCCAGCAUGGAAACUUGGCAGUCUGAUGCCAGACCCUGAGUGCUUUAACACAAAAUAUACUAUCUCUAGAAUAUAAGCUCCCUAAAGUCAGACACUUUUGUAUUGCUGACAAGAAGAACACAGAGCUAAGCAUAUGGAAGACUGUCAACAAAUAUUUGGUAAGUAACUGCUUCAUUAUUGAGAACUUCUUAAGGUCACCGAGAGACCAAAUGGUAUAUGUUGCUUUUCUAUUUUUCAUUGCUGCUCUAGUAAUGCUUACAGACUCUCCAAUCAACCAAGUAGAGAAGACCCUCUCUAUGACUGAGUUCCAGCUACAAAGGACUUUUUCAGCGAGACCAGUCUUCAGAAGGCUGUCCUUAGCCAAAGCAGAACUAAAUCCAGUGAGAGCCCCUGAGGGUUCCACAUCAUUUCUGGUAGUCCCCUCUUUACACAACAGAGCACUGCAGAAAUAUGGAAGGGGCAAACCUGAGCCAAGAGUUUGAGUUUGAGCUCUUGGGCCUCACCAGGGACCCCCAACUCCAAAGGUUGCUCUUCACGGUAUUCCUGGGCAUGUACACCAUCACUCUGCUGGGAAAUCUGAUCAUGUUCCUUCUGAUUCACGUGAGCACCCCUCUGCAUACACCUAUGUACUCUCUCCUGAAGAGCCUCUCCUUCUUGGACUUCUGCUACUCCUCCACGGUUGUCCCUCAGACCCUGGUGAACUUCUUGGCCAAGAGGAAGGUGAUUUCCUAUUUUGGCUGCAUGGCUCAGAUGUUCUUCUAUGCAGGUUUCGCCACCAGUGAGUGCUAUCUCAUUGCUGCCAUGGCCUAUGACCGCUAUGCUGCUAUUUGUAACCCCCUACUCUACCCACUCACUAUGUCUCCUGAGAUCUGCCUGUCUCUCAUUGUGGGCUCCUACGGUGCAGGAUUUCUCAAUUCUCUUAUCCACACAAGCUGUAUCUUCAGUCUGAAAUUCUGUGGUGCCCAUGUGGUCACUCACUUCUUCUGUGAUGGACCACCUAUCUUGUCUCUGUCUUGUGUGGACACCUCGCUGUGUGAGAUCUUGCUUUUCAUUUUUGCUGGUUUCAACCUUUUGAGCUGCACCCUCACCAUCUUGGUCUCCUACCUCCUAAUCCUCAUCACCAUCCUGAGAAUGAACUCAGCCCAGGACAGGUUCAAGGCCUUUUCCACCUGUGCUUCCCACCUCACUGCUGUGUGCCUCUUCUAUGGCACAACACUUUUUAUGUACCUGCGCCCCAGGUCCAGCUACUCCUUGACUCAAGACCGCAUGGUGGCCGUGAUCUACACAGUGGUAAUCCCAAUGUUGAACCCCCUUAUUUAUUCUUUGAGAAACAAAGAUGUGAAGGAAGCUUUAAGAAAGGUUUGGGGCAGGAAAAUAAUGGAAUGAUCUUCUCAACUCAUUACCACAUCCUUCCUUCCUUCCUUCCUUCCUUCCUUCCUUCCUUCCUUCCUUCCUUCUUUCCUUCCUUCCUUCCUUCCUUCCUUCCUUCCUCCCUCCCUCCCUCCCUCCCUCCCUCUCUGUCUCUUUCUCUCUUUCCCACAUACCUUUAGAAAGCCAAGGGAGGGAGUCUAGGUGGCUCAGCCAAUAAGCAUCUGACUUUGGCUCAGGUCAUGAUCUCAUGGUUUGUGAGUUCAGGUUCCACAUCAAGCACCCUGCUUCUGGUGAGCCCCACUUCUCUUUCUCUUUCUCUCUCUGCCUCUUGUGGGAUUCUCUCUCUCUGCCACUCACUCACCUGCUCGCUCGCUCUCUCUCUCUCUCUCUCUCAAAAAAAAAAAAAAAAAAAAAAAAAAAAACAAGCAAGCAAGCAAGCAAGCCAAGGGAACUUUACCAGUCGGCAGUUGUGGUGCCAACCUGUGCACAUUUGCUCAUUCCCUGCUAUGAAUGACCGGCAUACACUCUGGUCAGCUGGUGCUUCUGCAUCUACCUUCCACACAAAGAAUUGUUGAUAUCAUAGAGACUAAACACAGCUGGGGGUGUCAGCUUGUUGCAUAACUGGACCAUUGGCAAGACUUAGUCAUGACUUUGUUCAGAUGCUUCACUCGUAUUUCCGUGUAUGAGUACUUUAUUAUUAGAAACUGAUGUUUAUAUUCCUCAUAAUAAAGUCUCUCCUUAACUAAGUUGAAGACUUUGACUCCUCCCCUACUUUACCAUCUCCUCUUUGUAAAAACUGACUUUUUUUUUAAUGUUUUAGUUUUGAGAGACAGAGACAGAAUGUGAGUGGGGGAGGGGCAGAGAGAGAGGGAGACACAG